ACAAUACAACUGGUUCCUUUUUCAACUUCAGAAUUGGUUUUGUUUUAAUCAUCUCAACAGGUUUUUAUUUUUCUUUCUUUUCUUUGUAUCUCAUAUUGAUCAUCAAGCGGCGUGCAAUGGCAAGGCCUGGCAACAAGAUUAUACAAGCCAAGCUGGUGCUUCUGGGGGACAUGGGAACUGGGAAAACAAGUUUGGUAUUAAGAUUCAUCAAAGGUCAAUUUUACGAUCACCAGGAGCCAACAAUAGGGGCAGCAUUUUUCACUCAGAUAUUAUCCUUGACAGAAGCCACCGUAAAAUUUGAUAUAUGGGACACAGCAGGACAAGAGCGAUACCAUAGCUUGGCUCCUAUGUACUAUCGAGGCGCAGCCGCCGCGAUUGUUGUGUAUGACAUCUCAAGCAUGGAUACAUUCAUUAGAGCAAAGAAAUGGGUGCAGGAAUUGCAAAGACAAGGAAAUCAAAAUUUGGUGAUGGCCUUGGUGGGAAACAAGUCUGACUUGCGUUCACAUAGAGAGGUGGAAGCUGAGGAAGCUGAACAAUUUGCCCAAGAAAGUGGAAUGUUUCACAAGGAAACUUCUGCAAAGACUGCCCAGAAUAUCAACGAUCUUUUCUAUGAUAUAGCAAAAAGACUGGCAAGAAUUAAUCCUCCAAGGUCUUCAGGGAUUACUCUAAACCAUGAAACACAAGAUAAGAGAAAACGGUUUUGUUGCUUAGGAUGAGAGAUGGUUCCUUUCAAGAUUCCUGGAAAUGGCUUUUUAUUGCAGCUCUCUUUGAGUUUCACUGUGUAAAGUUGUGCUUGUUCUGUUUAGAGAACCUGGGCAUUUUGCCUCAAGUUAUGUGUUAAUCUUGGUUCCCAUAGUUCUCGUUUCAAGGAGUAAUUUGUACAUAUGCUUAUAAAAUUUAUGCAGGCACGUCUAAAUUCAUGAAGGGUUUCUUUCAAAGGAGCUCCAAUUGCUUUCUAUA